CAUAUCUUCGUUCGAUUUGCUCACCAUGACCAAACGAUUUAACUCGAAAUUUACAUUUCUUGUCUGCAUGUCCAUGAAAUUAUGUUUUUCUUGCCCAUUAUAUUAUCUAUAGAGCUAGUGAUCAAGAUAUAUAUUCGGCAGAUACCAUGAAAAAAGACGACUUACCACUUUUGGUUACAUAUACAUUGUUCAUCGAAUUCUUUUCAUCUCUAUGGCCAAGUUCCGUGGCAUACACUGUACCUGGUGUCCAUAGCGAAUCAGUUAUUGAGGCUCUCUAUGCCGCCCUUCUCGCAUGCAGUGAGAUACUCGUCGGUUAUACCAUUAGGUCGCCUCAUGAAACAGACGUUGGUUUCUACAUUGGCAUCAUGCAUCAGGAGCAACUGUUUAUGUUUCUUCGAGACAUCAUAUAAGAGGGAUAUGACGAGUCAUGCGUCCACGACCACUAUAGUUACGAUACACUGUUGCAUCUGCAAUAUCCGCAUACUCGCUAUCAAUGUCAUAAUUCAUCCGUCAAAUUUGUCCAGCUGGUGAAUUUCUAAGAAAUGGAGCUAGGGAGAUACCUAGAAAUUAGAAAGGAAUAGGCGAUAGCAGUCGUUGUAGUAAGACAACUGAUGCUGGGUUCUGACAAUCUGGCUUCUUCAACAACAUGUGAAGACAGGCGUGGGCUGUGAAUGCUGAAUGUUCCCUACUACCUAUGCUCUGGAAACCGACACUUAAUGUCAAAGUACUAAUCCA